UGCCUCUUGAUUGGCCGUCUUGACAGAGAGCUUCUUGAACCUUUUCAAACUGUACGCACUACAGUCCGUGGAAACAGUGGAGAACCGUGCUAAUUCCCAACGAGCUCCGGUAUUCACUGCGCGUGCAGGCGCUCACCACUUCGGGGAAAUAGGCUUAUCUUUCAGAGAGCUCGAGCACCGUGUCGGUUGUAAAAGCCAGUCGUUCCUGUUGUCUCGGAAAUGCAACAUGCGGAAAUAGUAAAUAGAGUGCUAUUAAUUCGUUUUUUAUACAAACGUUUCCAAACGCAUAUUUGUGUUCGAUUUGUAGCAGAAUUGUUAAUAAUUGUCGUUUUUUUUCUUCAUACGUGCAUGCCCGGAUUUGCACAUGCAAUUCUGGAAUGCGGAGGAUUCCUCUGACAGGUCUCAGCGCGAGGGAUAUGUGAUGGAGCUUUGAUCGGUAAACAUCCACUUGUUUUUUUGUCGGGAUGUUACUAAUAUUUACACGUUAUAGACACGAGUUAUGAACAAAUGCAAAGAUAAAGGUUAAUUGCAAAUACCAACCGCGAGUAAUUUUUUUUUGAACGACAGGUGAGGGUGUACUGCAUGCAGCCUCUUCUGAAUGGUUGACGUAGACAUCGCAUUUUCAUUUGAUUCAUUCAACUUUUCCACCUUUAUUUCCGUAUCAUGUAUUCGCAUUUCAAUACAAUUCCGCAAUUGAGACUCGGUUAGUUUAGCCUAAACAUCCAGCGUACUGCCUUCCUGUUAUAUCUUACCGAGGAGAAAGCACAGACCGUGCUGGGAGACAUGGCUACAAACCUGUCAGAGGGACCCAAGGAUUCAGACCUGAAUCAGCUAUCGGAUGAAGAGCUGCUGCGAUGCGGCAAGGAGGAGCUGGUCAAGCGGCUACGGAGGCUGGACAACGAGAAGAUGAACCUAAUGAUCGACCAUGGCAACAUGAUGAAAGACGUUAACCGGAGGCUGCAGGUGCACCUGCACGAGAUCCGCAACCUGAAGGAGAUCAACCAGAAGCUCCAGGACGACAACAACGAGCUGCGCGAGCUCUGCUGCUUCCUGGAUGAUGACCGGCAGAAGGGCAAGAAGCUGUCCCGGGAGUGGCAGCGGUUUGGCCGGUACUCAGCAAGUGCCAUGUGGAAGGAGGUGGGCACCUACCAGCUAAAGCUCAAAGAGCUGGAGGCCAACCAGGAGAGGUUGGUGCGUGAGAACACGGACCUGAAGGAGAUCAUCCUCAUGCUGGAUGAGGAGAGGAACGGAGUGGGUUCCCGGAGCUCCAUAGACUCCCAGUCCAGCCUCACCAACCUGAAUGGCGGGACAGGGACAGUUCGGGAUGUCGGGGAUGGGAGUAGUACCUCCAGCACAGGGAGCGCAGGCAGCCCCGACCACAACCACAACCACAGCAGCCACAACCACAUACACAAGCUGCCCGCGGAGAGGGAGGGCAAGCUGGGGAGCACCUUCCAGAGGAGGUCCAUGGAUGACCUGUCGGCACCACACCAUCACAGGAGCAUCCCUAAUGGACUCUGUGACUCCUCCUCCUCUAACUACAUCAGACAGCUGGAGACCAAGAUGAGGAUAUUGGAAGAUGACAACAGCAAGCUUUUAACUCAGCAGCAGUGUAACCCAGGGGACCUGCGUGUCCUGAGGAAGGGGAUGACCCUGUACCACUCUGAGUCUCAGCUGUCAUCCCUGCCACGACGCCAAGAAGCACUGCACAACGGCACGGUUGGUCGCCUCCCCACCAGUGAGUCAACCCCGGUAACAGGCUACCUGUCCUGUGUUCAGAAACCAGAGUCUGUGGUCCACGCUAUGAAGGUGUUGGAGGUGCAUGAGAACCUGGAUAAGAAGCAGGGGCCAGAGGACUACGAGGAGGAUCUGAGUGAGAAGGAGAAGGCCAUCGUCAGAGAGAUGUGUAAUGUGGUGUGGAGAAAGCUGGGCGACGCAGCAGGAGCUAAGCCAUCCAUCAGACAGCAUCUCUCUGGCAACCAGUUCAAAGGCCCUCUGUAGUCCACAGCAACCAGAGAGGAAGACUAACUAACUAUGCUGACCUGACCACCUCCACUCCUACUGCCUACACUACUCAUAACACCCUGCUCCCACUGACUACAGUUCCCAUCACCCACUAUUCCCCUGGGAUAUGGCUUUUGUCCAGAUGGGAUGAAAGCUUUUGUCAAAAUUGACUUUUUGUAGCAGGUUCGAACUUCUGCAGCAGGAUAAUUAACGUAGCAUGUUAGGAGAAUUACAUUUAGGUAAGCUAAAAUGCAACAAAUCCACUUUUGGCGUUAAUUUUGACAAGAGCUGUAUCCCUUCUAGAUAUGACCUGUUAUAUAUGACUGGACAACCCAGGAAAAGCACAGAAUGGAUAUCUCCGUCUCUCACCAAGCCACUACAUGCUAACUCCCCGUACACACAUUUAGUUUGAACUUCGAGUGUUGUUGAGAACUGGCAGCUACUUUCACUGAUUUGCCAUUUUCCUCGUAUUAUUGAUUUGGGGAUAGACAGUUUACAUAGUGCUCAAGAUUAUUUCAUAACUCUCCUGGGCCUGGUUUCCCGAUAGAGAUGGAACUUCGGCUUACGACUGUUUUAACCAUGCAUCUUUCCUACAACGGCCCAAGAUAUAACAUGCGUUUCCCAAAAUGCCACACAGAGAGAACAUUCGCUAAGUGCCUUCGUUGGAGCAUGUUUCACACGGUGGUAGGAUCGAACGAAAGGCAGCGCUGCUCUCUGAUCAGCUUUCUUCCAGUCAAAUCUUACCUUAACAUUAGAAUUAUUCCACAAUACUAACGAUGGAUCAGCUACCUAGAGAGAUAUUAUCACCUAUGGCUGCAAAUAUUGAGGCGGCUUAAUCUAAUGCCUACCUUAUAAUAAGGAGAUUGAUCAAGAUGUGGAACAUCACUGUGCACAUGUUAGGCUACACAUCAUUCAAUAUAAUGAGGCAAAAAUUGCAGACAGUAGCCAAAUAGUAAAAUAAAAACUAAAUUGAAUGAACAUGAAAUUGCUUUCAGUAUCGUUGAAAUACAAUUAUAUGUUAUAUUCUGUAGGUAGACAUCUUUAUCUUUUAAUGCAGUCAUCUCAGUUUUCAUUUGAAGCAUCUUUUUACCCUUCGCUUGUUUGUAACAGUUGCAAAGACAUUGGCAACUUUGUAUUUGUAGUCAACUUCGUCGGUCACAGAGAGACGGAUAAACAUCUUGAUUCUUUGUUUAGUGGAGGUCUUCUGUGUAUAAAGUGACACGGUAGGGAAAAAUCUAACGACGCACUUUGCUGUUCACACACCGAGCGGUCUGAUGCAGUCUGUAAUUAACAAGCGUUUUCAAGUACAAUUUUAGUAACGAUGAUUUUGGGAAACAGCUCUGCGAUUGAACGAUGCUCCUACGAAGUUACUAACGAUAAACUUAGCCUUAAGAUGCUCUUGGGAAACCGGACCCUGUUGUUUUGUUUUAUGCUGAAAAGAAACCCAGAUGAGCUCUAUAAGAAGUCCCCUAGAAUAGUGUCACUUUAAACCAGUAGAGCUGCAGGGUUACUAUAGCAGGGCUUCAGGUAGAGCUGCAUGGUUACUAUAGCAGGGCUUCAGGUAGAGCUGCAUGGUUACUAUAGCAGGGCUUCAGGUAGAGCUGCAUGGUUACUAUAGCAGGGCUUCAGGUAGAGCUGCAUGGUUACUAUAGCAGGGCUUCAGGUAGAGCUGCAUGGUUACUAUAGCAGGGCUUCAGGUAGAGCUGCAUGGGUUACUAUAGCAGGGCUUCAGGUAGAGCUGCAUGGUUACUAUAGCAGGGCUUCAGGUAGAGCUGCAUGGUUACUAUAGCAGGGCUUCAGGUAGAGCUGCAGGGUUACUAUAGCAGGGCUUCAGGUAGAGCUGCAUGGUUACUAUAGCAGGGCUUCAGGUAGAGCUGCAUGGUUACUAUAGCAGGGCUUCAGGUAGAGCUGCAUGGUUACUAUAGCAGGGCUUCAGGUAGAGCUGCAGGGUUACUAUAGCAGGGCUUCAGGUAGAGCUGCAUGGUUACUAUAGCAGGGCUUCAGGUAGAGCUGCAUGGUUACUAUAGCAGGGCUUCAGGUAGAGCUGCAUGGUUACUAUAGCAGGGCUUCAGGUAGAGCUGCAUGGUUACUAUAGCAGGGCUUCAGGUAGAGCUGCAGGGUUACUAUAGCAGGGCUUCAGGUAGAGCUGCAUGGUUACUAUAGCAGGGCUUCAGGUAGAGCUGCAUGGUUACUAUAGCAGGGCUUCAGGUAGAGCUGCAUGGUUACUAUAGCAGGGCUUCAGGUAGAGCUGCAUGGUUACUAUAGCAGGGCUUCAGGUAGAGCUGCAUGGUUACUAUAGCAGGGCUUCAGGUAGAGCUGCAUGGUUACUAUAGCAGGGCUUCAGGUAGAGCUGCAUGGUUACUAUAGCAGGGCUUCAGGUAGAGCUGCAUGGUUACUAUAGCAGGGCUUCAGGUAGAGCUGCAUGGUUACUAUAGCAGGGCUUCAGGUAGAGCUGCAUGGUUACUAUAGCAGGGCUUCAGGUAGAGCUGCAUGGUUACUAUAGCAGGGCUUCAGGUAGAGCUGCAUGGUUACUAUAGCAGGGCUUCAGGUAGAGCUGCAUGGUUACUAUAGCAGGGCUUCAGGUAGAGCUGCAUGGUUACUAUAGCAGGGCUUCAGAUAGAGAUGCAUGGUUACUAUAGCAGGGCUUCAGGUAGAGCUGCAUGGUUACUAUAGCAGGGCUUCAGGUAGAGCUGCAUGGUUACUAUAGCAGGGCUUCAGGUAGAGCUGCAUGGUUACUAUAGCAGAGCUUCAGGUAGAGCUGCAUGGUUACUAUAGCAGGGCUUCAGGUAGAGCUGCAUGGUUACUAUAGCAGGGCUUCAGGUAGAGCUGCAUGGUUACUAUAGCAGGGCUUCAGGCUGGGGCAACGUUGGGAUAAAAAAAAAAAUCCCCAAACGUAACGAUGUGAUAACAUGAGAUAUGGUUUGAUAGUACGUUUUGGGUUACAAGUGUCUCGUAUGCACAGAUCUAGGAUCAGCUUCACUCUCCUUCAACCCUGAUCUUGAGCAUUUAGAGGUCACAUGCAGAACUGACUGUGGAUCAGCGUCUAAGAACAAUGUCAUCCCACUCCUUCAUAGUACUUCCCAUUAAAACCCAGGUAGCUUCUCUGUCAGUUUUGUCUCUCUGGUUGAUUAGCAUAAUUAGCAUUAGAAUAAUUAUCGUUAGCAUCCAAAGUGUUAAUUUGUGUUACCCACUGUGACGUACAUACCUAGCGCCCUAUGCUCAUAAGAGAUGUCUAUUAUUAACACAAAACCAGAGAUCACCUUUAAAACUUGUGUAAAAUAUGUAUAAAGCCAUAGCAUUACUGUUGUUAUCGUUUAUUUAGACAAUUUUAUUACUCUAGGUUGACCAUGUGAUAAAACUGACUGUUUUAUGGGUUUUAUGUUUUACAAAAGCACACAGCCGAACCUUAAAUAGAGCUGUUUCUAUGGUAACCACUCAUAUUUUUACUGUGUUUUGGUGAAACAAAUUAUUAUUUUAUCUCUUCAAACGCAUCAAGGCCAUUUGGAAUCGAAACUGCCUCAGCCAAGAGUCAAUGGAGUGAUCUUAUUUUUUGAGGAAAUAGUUGUUUUUUAAAUGACUAAAAUGUACAACUUUGUGUCUGCUCCAAGACAAUCAUAUUUCUCAGGUUGGGAAAUAACGAGAACUUUACCCCAACUCUUCUUCUGUGACUCUCUGAAGACUGGAUGGUUUGUAGUCAUUCUUUCCCUUAGUCAGGCUGCCUGCAUAAUCUGUAGUUCUCUGUAACGGACUGAGGACACCUGCUUAAUACAGGGUUGGAGACUGCUGAACACAUUUGCUGCAUUCCUUUCAUAUGAAAUAAUGUUUCAGAAAUAUUCUGUGAAACUUAAAAGGCUUUUAUGCCACUGUCAUAAAGGGAAGAUCAGACUAAUUUGGCUAUCUAUUGUAAUAACUAAUCAAACUACUGUACAACACUAUUUUUAUUGAAAGCUACAAAAUAAAUGGAAUGGUUUAUAUUUUCCAAUUAGCAUAAUAUGAAUUAGGCUUUUUAGCCAUGGUGAAUCCAGCAGAUUAGUUUCAGCACUGAACUGUGCAUGUUUUGUAAAAGUAAUUUCUGUUGGAAUGUGAGAAAGAGCAAGUCUUCCCUUAGAUGUUUUUCGAUACAUUUUAACGAGUUAUACCAUGACGAAGUCAGAUGAAAUAAGUACUGUUAUGAUCAAACUGUUCAAGGCUAUUUAUUGCCAUGUGUUUAGAUAGGGCUGCCAUGUGAUUGGCCUGUUUAUGAUUUUAACCUAUCAGGAGAUUUUGGUUGCUAUCCAAGUCUUUUGAUUGGGUAAUUGGUUAAUAAGUCAGUGAUUGACAGCUCAACCUCUCCUGACACUUGUAUUUCUUGUUCCUAAUUAGAACAUCAUUGAGGCUUCAGACUGUACAAUCUUACGGUUCCACCUCGGUUCUCGCUAAUGGGUUCUAGUACAAAAAAGAAAAUCAAAGAAUCGAUUUUUUUGAAGUGUCCUUUUUUCUAGAACAACUGAUUUGUAGCCAUGAGAGGAGAUGAUUUGUAAUAUUCUUCAGUCUGGCAUUUUGUGCCAUGUUUUUCUCUGCAUGGGAGUUUGAUUUGGAACCUGUGUUUUUAAUGCGACUUGUGUAUGUGCUAAACCAGAAGACAUGAUGAACCUAGUAUGCAUAUGAAAUAUCACCAUAUUCCCUAGUGCAGGGGUUUCCCAAACUCAAACCGGCUGCACGGUUUGUUUACCGUAGCACUACACAGCUGAUUCAAAUAACCAACUCAGAAUCAAUUAUUUGAAUCAGCUGUGUAGUGCAAAGGCAAAACCCAAAACGUGUACCAGGGGGGCACCAGAACCGAGUUUGAGAAACCCUGCCCUAGUGCAUUACUUUUGACCACAGCGUUGUGCUGAACCUAGACAAAAGUAUUGCACUAAAUAGGGAACAGGGUGCCAUUUCAGACACAAACCUAAUGUUAAUGCUAACUAUUCCUGUAGUUACUAGCAUUACUGUAAAGUGUUUUUUCGUGAAUUUAGCUGAGAUCAGACAGAUAUUCUAAAAGGAUUAGUAAAUGUACUAGGCCACUUUGAGAUGAUUUUGGAGGAAAGAAAAUAAACAAGUGAUUACUUUC